AUGACGACUGCCGUAUCAUAUUCAAUCUUAUCAACUGUAAACGAAGUCACUUUACAAUUCACUCGUUGUGAUUGUGGUCAAACUUACGUCUGUUUCAUAGACAAUCGCGUGAUAUUUACAGUCCCUACGGUUAGACAUCUCCUAAAUAAUGCCAGAAGAAAAGCUCCACAAACCUGCUUCAUUUUGUUCCGCAAUGUUAUACAGGAUUGUGUCACUUCCUUAAACCUUAGGAUAGAAAGACACGAUCUAUCCCGACAUGCGAGUAAUUUGUGGAAUCAACUGAAGAAGCAUGACGCUCUUCUAAUAGAUGAGUUUCGACGUGUGGCUCGUCUUGCUGCUCAGCAAUUCUAUUCAUCCAAAAUAAGAAUCAUCAACGUAAAUAUUCCCGAUGCGAUUCGUCCGCAAACCAAUGCUCCAAUUCCGAUCGAUGAUGAAAAGCUUCAAAAACUAUUGAGGGAUCUUUUCCCCGAUACGUUACCGCCUCCAGAUUUUCAUCAAUAA